AUGGAGGACAAUGACAUGACCAACAGCAAAAAGAACAACGUUGGAUGUUGGACUUGCCGGCUGCGUCGCAAGAGAUGCGAUCUGGCCCGUCCAGUCUGUGGGAUUUGCUCGGCAUUGGAGAUUACUUGCUAUUCUGGCGCAGAUAAACCGGAAUGGAUGGACAAUGGCGCGAAACAACGCCAGAUGGCACAACAACUUAAGGCCGAGGUCAAAAAAAGAGCUUCUCGGCGGCGGUCGAAGAGGUUGGUACAACGUUUUGCGCGGGAUCUAGAGGAUGAAGAAGAACUCCAAACCCCAAAGCAGGCACUGGAUAUCAGCUCGCCAUCGACGCAGCAAACAAAUGGCCGCGCACCAAAUGAAGAGCAACCAUGGAGACACAGUCCUCCAAACUGUGCUAAUGAGACGCGCCCAGAUUCUGAAUCUGCACUUGGCUUUACACGGGUUUUGCCAGAGCAUCUGGAUGUCCCAGACUCGCACCGCCUGUCUAACGAACUGGAACUGAGCUUCAUUAUGGUGUUCCUGGACUACACUUUCCCUGUUCUAUUUCCACUUUAUACGCCCACUUUAUUCGAAGGUGGACGAGGAUGGCUCUUGGUGUUACCCAUGAAGAUCAGAGCGCUCUACCACACAGUCAUCAGCCUCACCUCGUACUUCUUCACCGAGGUACCGAUAAGUUCAGGAUCAGGAUACGAACGGUGCACAAACAUAGCGCUCGGAGAGCAGAGCAAACAGCUAGAUCUGGCUGUGAAGAUGGUGCAGCGCGAUCUUCAUAUCAUCAACCAAGGCGUUCACUCCAAUAUUCUUGAGAGCGUCUACCUUUUGGAAAGCAUCGUACAGCUAUUGAUCUAUGAUGGCGUUGUCGCAAGCACGGAGAAUUGGAAGAUGCACCUUGGCGCUGCUAUAAUUCUGUUUGAACAGAUUAUAGCAUCCCCGGGAUCGAUAUCCUCUCUUUUUAAUAUUAUGAGCCAGCUCUCGCCCCUACCAACAAACGCCGAUAACUGGAAUGGGUUCUGGACCGCCGAUCAAGCUGCUUUCAGGUUUUUCUCUGCGAUCCUGCUAAUCGCCGACAUCAUUUCUAGCACAGCGCUCGAACAAUCCCCCAAAUUACAAAAAUAUAAUCAUGAUUUGUUAACAAACGAUCCGGCUCACGGGAAAGCUCCCCUACAGCUAGAAGAUUUUAUUGGAUGCCAGAACUGGGUACUUCGCUUAGUCAGUGACAUUGUAGUCCUAGACACCUGGAAGAAAGAUAUGAAGAGGCACCGAAGUUUAAACAUGACGCAGCUGGUGGAGCGUGGCUCUUUAAUCGAACAGGAACUGCAGACCGGCCUCUCACAGCUCGAUCAUGUCCCUGAAACGCAGUAUCCACCUCACAGACCACCAGACAUGUUUCCCUUCAACGGGUCCUGUACCUCAAGUACAACCAACACCGUAACCCGCAUCUGGGCCCACGCUGCCCGCAUCUAUCUUCACACCGUCAUCUCGGGUUGGCAAACUGCCGCCCCAGAGAUAUGCGAGGACGUCUCUCAGACGGUCAACCUCUUAAAAGAACUUUCACCUGGUGUAUUGCGAGCACUAGCCUGGCCAUUUUGCGUUGCGGGCUGUCUGGCGGCUGAAGAGCAGGAAUCUGCAUUCCGAGAGUUAGUCAACUCGAUGGGGCCACUUGGGAUGCUCGGGACGAUGCAGGGUGCGUUAUGUAUCAUGGAAAAUGUGUGGCGUAAGCGGGCACAUAUUGAUCCUGAUACCUGGGAUAUCGCUGCGUGUUUGAGAAGCUUGGGACAUGUGAUUUUGUUUAUUUGA